CAACUCUCUCCUCCCCUCUCAUAUUCAUUCAAUCCUAGCCCGGUUUAUCUCGUUUUCUUUUAUUAUAUAUCAUCAAUCAACUACUAUACGUACAAUUUCCUCCUCCUCGAGGUUGUAACAAUGGCGGACACAGCCGCGGCCAAGAGAAUGGGGUUCGCCGUGCCGGAGAAGGUUCAACUCCACCUAGCCAUGCUGGCCUUGCAAUUUGGAUACGCCGGUUUCCAUGUUGUCUCUAGAGCUGCCCUUAACAUGGGCAUUAGCAAGAUUGUCUUCCCCGUUUAUAGGAACAUCCUCGCCCUACUCCUGCUCCUCCCCUUCGCCUAUUUUCUAGAAAAGAAAGAUCGACCACCUCUAACAUGGAAGCUUGCACUACAGUUUUUCCUGCUGGCAAUCGUUGGAAUCACUGCAAACCAAGGAUUCUACUUGCUGGGCUUGGACAACACUUCCCCUACUUUUGCCUCUGCCAUACAAAACUCCGUUCCCGCCAUUACAUUCCUCAUGGCCGCCGUACUCAGGAUAGAAGUGGUGAGAUUGAAUAGAAAAGAUGGGAUAAGCAAGGUGAUGGGGACAUUGCUGUGCGUGUGUGGGGCAUCAGUGAUCACACUCUACAAGGGGCCGACGAUCUACAGCCCGACGCCGUCGCUGCAGAUAGUUCCGCCGGCGGCGAUGCUGCACGGUGGGGCUAGGCUGGGAGACGACGUGGGCGGAAGCGGCAAGAGCUGGACCAUGGGGUGCAUCUUCUUGAUCGGGCAUUGCCUGUCGUGGGCCAGCUGGCUCGUCCUGCAGGCCCCCGUUCUGAAGAAGUACCCGGCCCGCCUCUCCGUCACCUCUUACCAGUGCUUCUUUGGCGUCAUUCAGUUCCUCAUCAUCGCCGCUUUUUGCGAGAGAGACCCUCAGGCCUGGCUCGUCCACUCCGGCGCCGAGCUCUUCAGCGUCUUCUACGCUGGAGUGGUGGCAUCAGGGAUAGCAUUUGCAGUACAAAUAUGGUGCAUUGACAGGGGCGGCCCGGUCUUCGUGGCAGUUUACCAGCCAGUUCAGACCCUUGUUGUCGCCCUCGUGGCAUCCGCGGUUCUUGGGGAAGAGUUCUACUUGGGAGGGAUCAUUGGAGCAGUGCUGAUCAUAAUAGGGUUAUACUUUGUGCUAUGGGGGAAGAACGAAGAAGCAAAGUUUGCCAGGGCGGGGACGGUGAUUCAGGCCGCCGGCGACCACAGCAGGGCGCCGGCCAGCCAUAUCAUCAAGUCCUCACUGUCUCAGCCACUGCUGCAGUCAACGGAAAAUGCUUGACCAGCAAAACCAUCACUUUUUGCACCAAUAUUUGCUGGAAUAUCUCCUAAAAAAAAAAAAAAAAAGCUUUGUUAAUUUGCUUGGUGUGUUUGUAUGAAAAGAUCCUUUUUUCUUUUUCCUUUUUUAGGUUUUUUUUUUUUUUUUUUUUUUUUUUUUUUUUUUUUAAAUCAGCAACUUUCUCUCAUUAGGAGAGUGGGUUUAAGAAAGGGAUUAAGGUGAUGAGAAUGUGAUGGUGAUGAUGCAUGCCUAUUAUUAUUAUUAUCUUUGAUGUUGGUACUUUAUAAAUGUGAAAUUAUAUUAUGGUCUGAA